AUGGCUUCAAGAAAUACUGUAAUUACCGGAAACAACAACAGUAUCCUUUGCAUUAUUACAGACAACAUAUACUCCGUUUGGACACAACUUUAUGGCCUCAUCUCUGGAGAGCCCGACGACAGCCAUCAGUCCUUUUGGUAUUUUGUGAUCGCUUUCAGUGACGGCUCCCCUGAAGUACGUGACGACCAUUGCAUCCCUUGUGGUGAGACACCCGUCAGCGUAAGCACAGGCUAUCUCUCCAAACGAGUGGCCAAUUAUACCGUCGGGUGUGAUGUCCAGCGCUUUCAUCACUUCAAACAAUGCUAUCUCUAUAGCAGUCGUCGAACAGAACUUUGCAGUCAUUGUAGACAUCGAUGUCUUAAACUGAUGGCCAGUACUCAGUACUCACUCGACAGGAAAGACAUCUAUAAGGAGUUGGGAGUCCUGGGCCUCGACUACGGACCAAACUUUCAACGCCUGAAACGCAUUCAGACCAACGAUUUUCGCGACAUUUAUGGCAUCAAUGAAUGGGACGGAAAUUUUGUCACAUAUUUGGACGCAAUGUUGCAGUCAAUGGUAUUCGCCGCUCCGUUCCGUAAACUAAUAGUUCCGGUGAUGAUUAGGACAAUACGUGUGGACCCGCGUGUAUUGUUUGACGCCCUGCGGCUGAACCGCAACUUACUAUCAAAACGUAUAAACGAUUCGACCCAAGUGUCAACUGAUUUGAUACAAGAGUCGCCAUUUCUGGGCACAGCUGAGGCCCGGCCUAUACUGUACUCACAUGAUCGCCAAUUCAUUGAACGAUUUGCCAAAUACUCGGCUGAAAUGCCUUUUUAUUUUGAUGCCAAAUGUUGCCGAUUAGUGGCUCACGGCUUGGAAGUGGAAGGCGUUAUAGCACAACCCAUUCCACGCCAUCCGCCGAUCGCUGACCUCGUACUCGAUUCCUAUCAGUUUGUAGCAAAUGAAGACCAUGAUGCUAUUAGUUCGGUAGAUACUCAAAUGGUUUGCAAAUCAAUGGCGAUUAAAGUGAAACAAAUGGGUUUCAAAGAAAUGAAAUGCGAUUUUAAUUAUCAAAGUAUUGCUGAUAAUGUGAUCGAAGAGUAUAGAAAUGAAAACAAUGAAAAUCGUGUGUUAUUUCGUAUAUUUGAUAAAUUGCUGACAGAAAUGGUUGACUACAACAAAAAUAUGAAGAAUAGUCGAGAUAUGACUAAAGUAUUGAAUGAAAUCCAAGAGAAACCGGAAUACGAUUUGAGUAAAGAUAUGAUAAAUCAGAUCCAGAAGAAUGAACGACUCAUUCGAUCGCUCGUUGAUAUCGUUUGCGAAAACGUUUUAAACAUAAAUGAUAUAAAUGUGACCGAAAUUAAUGUGAGUGGAAAUAUAUUAGCCAAAGAAGUGGAACAAAUCAUCUCAUUCUUCAAAGCCGGUGCCUUUCAUGUAAACUACAGUCUCGUUGUUAAGUCAAAACAGAAUAUCAUUGAUGUUUAUAAGAGUAAAGCUAUUGAAUGGGAUUCUAAGGAUGACCUGCCGUUAAAACCCUCGCAUUUGUUUACAGAUCCGGAGAUUGCGUUCAUGUCUUUGAUGGGAGAUUCAUAUUUUCAGAAUUCAAUACUAAAAACAAGAAUUACUGAAUUUACUAAAUUGAGUACAGAAUCGGGCCUCAAAUUAAUUGCUACAAAAUAUGAUGGCAUCGGAACCGUUGCCAUAUUGUUUCGGAAAAUGGAUAUUAAAGUCAAAGUCCCUCAAAACGACAAUAUAAUCAAAAUAAGCGGUGAUUAUCAGCAAUGGUUUGGAGAAUUGCAGCGAAAACUAAGAGCCGAGAAGGAGAGCAAUCAUAAUGUCGAUAACGUAUGGCUUGUGGCGAAUGACUCGUGUAUUAAUGGAAUCAUAGAACCGGGCGGAGAGAACUGCCGCUAUAUCUUCCAUAUGGACACCAAUACUGACACUAACAUUGACUUCAAUACUAAACCCUAUUCUGAUAUAUUGGCCAACGAUUUGGUCGCUAAUGUCAUCAAAGGGGGAAAAGUGGGAACUUAUAGACACAUCGCAUUAACCACAGAUAGUGAUAAAGUCUUUACAAAUGAUUAUUACUUAAAUUUGGGUCAAACUCGGGAACUAUCGGGACUUCAAUGGUAUGAUUUAAGCACAGUUUCAACACCGAAACAUUGCUAUGAUUUUGUUGGCAAUGAAGUGACAAAACACAAGAUUCAUAUUUAUAGCGCCGGCAUAAUAUUUCACGACGUUAUGGUCGCAACAGGGCAAAUUCCUAUUGGACCAGAGGCCAUAUACACAGAGUGUAUCAUUGGGGGUGAGUUUGCUGGUCGUCGGGCCGACACAGGAGAAAGGGUGAUGGGUAUAGAAUUGGGCCGUUGUGUUAGCACAUUCGUAAAUGUGGCCUCUCAUGCAUUCAGUCCCAUACCUGACCACUGGUCUAUGGAUGAGGCCGUCUCUAUACUCAGCACAUAUAGUACCACUUAUUAUGGCUUAAUCAGAAAGGGAAGACUCCAACGUGGUGAAAGUAUUUUAAUACACUCGGCUGCGGGAGGUGUGGGUCAGGCGGCUAUGAAUGUGUGUAAACACUAUGAAUGCGAUAUCUAUGCGACGGUUGGGACGGAAGAGAAGAAACAGUUUUUGAUGAAUGAAUACAAUAUACCGGAGAAUAAGAUAUUCAACUCAAGAGAUAUACUCUUCAAGAGUCAGAUAAUGGAAGCGACGGAAGGAAAGGGAGUCGACGUUGUGUUGAAUUCAUUGUCGGGCGAGAAACUGGUGGCCACUUAUGAGUGUGUAGCUAAUAGCGGGCGGAUUGUUGAGAUGGGUCGGUACGAUAUGGUUCAGAAUAGAAAAUUAGGCAUGUUUGAUUUUGUCCGCGAUAUAGACUUAAUAUGCGUAGUACUAGACCUCGUCGUAGAAAGAAAUCCAAAAUUUUUGCCCGAAUUUUUUGAUUGGGUUCACAAAAACAUUACAAACGGUUGCGUAAAACCAAUCAAUCAAACUGUGUUUCCGGCGGCCGAAGCAGUAAAUGCC